GAGCGAAAUAUCAAACCAGUUGAAUGUUUUUACUAAAUUGUCGAAAACCUGGGAAUAUUUAUCACCGUCUUGUGUUUGCGCAUGAUUAAGCAACAAGGCAAUGAGUAGCAGUGGAUUUCAAGGGGGAGACAAGCGGGGAGGUGAUGACCGGUCGUCGGAGGGUCGCCCACCAGGGAUCUCCCAGAUCUCCGCCAAUCAGCCGGCGCUUACCCAAGUUCUGUCUCAGGGAUCAACCAUCUCCAUCCCAGACACCAAGAUGUUACAGACAAUUCGACCAAGAGCAAAACCAGCUGGUCCAGCAUUUGGAGCUGCAUAUGGACAAUCUCAAAACUUGAUGACAAGAAGUACGACGCUGGACAGUGGCAGCCAUGGCCGCGUGUCUGCCCCGAUAUCGACUACCAUGCAUUCGGUGAGUGCGCCACUUGCAGGACAUCCGCACACAACCAUCGCCAUGCCGAUCACAUUCCCGCAGUCGAACAUUGUUCAUGUGAAUCCACCCACGUCAUCCAUAGUUGGCCAGCAGCUGAACAGUCCGUCUAUCGCUCUCAACGUUAACAGAUCUGCAGGUCCUCAGCACACACCAGCGUUUCCAUCUCAUUUACCCAGAGGAGCAAUUGCAGCCGCAUCGGCACUAUCAUUAUCAAAGAGCAACCCAAACAUCGCAUCACCAGCCACGGCAGUACUACGACAGAAUGCCCCCAGUAUUCAGAUCCCCUCCUCCCUGAGUGCCCUGCAUGGCUCCACCCUACAAUCCUCCCUGGCACGCAGUCCCCUGUUGGCCCUGAAUGCCCACAGAGCAGGAACCCCGCCCCCAGCAAGGCCAACUUCGCCUGCUGUUGGUUUGACUUCGGUACAGACUCAAAGAUCCGGUUUCCCAGCAAGUUCUUCGACUAACAAGCAGAUAACUCUGCAGACUUCACGUGCAAAUAUUGAAAUCCCGAAGCCCGUCUUGGCACACAGCCAAACAAAAUCUAUACAUGUGCCACACCCUGUUCCACUCCCAUCGCAGACGAAGGUGAUGGUUUCACAAACACUGACCCCACACUUGCAUUCUGCUGUGUCGGCUAAAGCAGUGAGUAUAUCUGUAGCCUCGAACCCCACAGCGACUUUGAACUCUGUGCAGGCAACCACUACAACCGCAACUGUCACAACUAUUCCAGUCGCCAAGGUUCCCCCGCUGAAACAGUCAUCAGUCCCCGAGGUGAUCAGACCGGAAGUGAGUCACCCGUCGUCAGGCAGUAGUAUCUUCAUCUCUCAGUCUCACAGGACCGUUUCCACGGCCGCCACAACACCCAUCUCCAUGACGACCACCAUUCCUGCACAGGAUUCGAGGCCCAACCUGCCCCAGUUAUCUCCCUUCUUAUCACACCAGGAAGCCACUCCCAGCGUUUGGCAGUAUGGACUGAGCUACCCACUCAUCUACCCUCAGGGGUCAUUACCCAUGUCAUCCCAGGGGCCCGUCCGACCCGGGGUUAGCACCCUGAUCUUUCCCCCUCGACAACAGACUGAUCAGACAGGUCAUGCAAUGACGAUGGCGUCUGCCUCGGCGGUGCGGUUUGCUGGCAGCCCGAUGAUGGUGUCAAUGGACCAGUUACGACAGCCGCUGUCUGUCCAUCCGCCUUUCAGUCAGUCUAUCACCAGCACCAGCAUGUCGUCAGAUUCUAAACCUUUGGUAUCAUUAUCUUCCUCCAAUCUGUGCAAGACGCCCCCUCCUGCGAAAACCCCGCCCCCCGGCCUCAGUCUCCACUCCAUGGCGGCGGCGGCCAGUAGCAUGUACACGAGUCCCGCCAACCUGCACGCCCAGCAACCAGCAGCAUCUCCGAGUUCAAACCCCAGCGCUUCCCCCAGACCAAGCAUCCUUAGAAAACGAACCAGUGAGGCUGCUGGUCUCGUGAAAAGACCACUUGGCUUGAUGCCUGAUAGUAAUCACAGUCCGAAAUCUGAAGCAAAGACCGACUUGAAACCGGAACCACCAUCAAACAUCAGCUCUCCGAAAACUCCUGCAGGAGAUAACAGUCGUUCGUCUACGGACACCGCCCUGUCAUCAAAUGAUGCCACGACGCCCACGCAGACCAACCAGUUGGAUGGGAGGUUAAAACAGGACACAUCAGACACUGUAGAAAAUGGUCUGUCGACUCUUGUUCUAGUCGCCGCUGCCUCUGCUCACAACACAUCGGGGACAGAGGCGUCGCCGAGGAAGAAACCACGGAAACAGUUACUAAAUGCGACAGAAGAGUUAAAGGACAACACGUCCACAGAUGAAGAGAUAGAUCGACUGGCUGAACUGAGGAAUGAGAGAGCCAGGGAGAUCAAAAAGGGCAUCAGAACCGAAUACGUUGAUGAAGAUGGAGUCCGGUGGACCACUGAGAACACGAGACCAAACAUAAACCUUAUGCAGUUUUAUAACCUGACGUGGAAACCCAGAUACAACCACUUCUGUAGAUACUCAGACGUCAAACCUAAAGACGAACGAAGGCCGACAGUGAAUGAACUGUCGAACCAGCGAGGUAUACAGCAGAAGGCCAGUGGCUGGAAGCUUUACCACAUGGCAGCUCAAUUAGAGAAUCUCAUGGACUCUGAGAGGGAGAUGUGUUCGCGGAUCAGUCAGCUGAAGGAGGUGAUCACCCCGCGACCACAGAUCAAACACAAUCUCAUCGAGGAUUACGACGGGGUCGUACAUGAACUCUCUCAGGCCAACAUCCAGCGGUGUCAGCUGAUAGGCGACCAAUUACAGGAGGCGAGGAGCUCCAUGUUGAAUAUCCUCGAACACAAACCGCGCAUUCAGGAGAUCAUUAACAAACACAUCAGCAAACGACCAAUCAAAAAGAAGGAGAGAACGUAGCACUGGGUUCCGACAUUCAAAUUCAUUUUCCACUAAGAACAGUCGGUGAACAGUAAUGUUUUUAACAAAAAAGAAAGACAGUUGUGGUUUUGAAAUUUGAAGCGGAUGUUCUCGAUGUAUAGGUCAAGGAUUCGUAGAACAAACAGAAUUUGUUUUACGGAUUUCCCCAAGUGCUUGGAUCUGUUCGUUGGGAAAUAUAUGUGGCAGAAUGUGAAAGAAAGGCACUAGGUAGGGAAAUGUAUUAACUGAAGUGAUCUUCACUUAAAUGUGGAAUAGAAUGAGGUAACGUAAGCUUUAAUGAAUGCAAUAAAACUGUCGUUCGCCACGGAAAAAUUUAGUAUUUUUCGUCUAAGAUUAUAUUUGACAUCCAAAAGCUGACAAUUAAUAAAUCAGGUUUCUCUAGUGGUGGUGUUAAACAAAAUAAACUUUAACUUUUUCUAAAUAUCUAGAUUACAUCAUUGCAAUCCUUUAAAAAAAAAGUCUCCGAUUUAGUGCCUGAUGAGGAUGUAAAUCCAGUUCCUACCAACCUUAAAUCAAAGAGUGGGAAGUAGCCCAGUGGUAAAGUGCUCGCUUGAUUCUGUGGGAUGGUGCAUAUAUUAACAUCCCUUGCUACUAAUGGAAACAAAACAAACUUAAUCAUAAGGCUUAACCACUACAUGACUGAGGCUGGUAGGCAUACAGUGAUUGUUGUCCAGUGUAAGAACAGCGAUAUUAGAUCUUACUGUCUGCUCUGCCAAGUUAUCUGUUGGUAGAUCUGAUCAUAACCAGUGUUUUCCCAUUUGAAACACUGCUUGCAUAAAUCAUAGUUUAAAUUAAAGGUACUUUUCCCUAAAAAUAACAUGAGAAAUACUUGUGUAAAAUAUACUGAUAGAAAGAAAUAAGAGUUCGGAUAAAUACCAACAGCAAAUAGUGACAGCCACAAACUCCCUCAUCCAUAUUAUCAGGAAAUUAACCGUCUUUCUGGCAGUGAUUCCCACACUCAAUCGCACAUUACAUUUUUGUAUUCUAUACAGAUAUUACUAUAGUCGGUCCCAUCCUCCUACAAAAAUGUUUUUUGUUAAUAAUUUCAGUUGGUUUUAGAGGUAAAAGUGUUUUGGAAAUAACAAAAAAUAAACUAUUUUUGUGUGCAAGUUUCAAAACAGUCUGCUCAGAAAUAAAUAACUUGUAGUAAAUUCUAUAGUAUGAAAAAAGGCAUUCCCUGUGGGAAGGACUAUAGAUUAGUAAUUGAAUAAAAUUUCCACCAACUUCAGGUUUGAAAAUGGUGUCCGAAAUGCUCCCAAACUCUGGGGUUUUUUAAUAUAAGUUGUAAACUCUGAAAGAAAAAUGCUAUCUGAGAAGCCUUCACCUUCGAAAUUCAGAAAAAAACGGUCAACGAAAUGUUUCUUUCAACCCUGUAUUGAUGAUAAAGCAUAAUUACUUUCAUCUUCAUUAUUGUGCUAAAUUAAGACGAGACUUUAUGGGUUACUUGAAUAGUGUGAUAUACAUACAUUAUAUAUGCAGAACAGUACCUAAUCUAAAAUAGCUUAAGAGGUGGAGGGGAACAGUGAAAAAAAAAAGCCCGGGGGGAAACAGUAAUAAAGAUGGUCUUAUCAUCCAUUAAAGGCUUUUGUAGGAGAUAUCGCUGGCACUAUAAUUUGGCGAUAUCUCCUGCGAUAUUCUUCUAGGAGAUAUUGCUUCUUUUGUUACGUCACUGUGUAUGUUUCAGUGCU